CCCGGGGUCGGCUCCAGUUUUUUUUUUUUUUUCACCGUGCGUGCAUGUGCAUGGUUGCACUGCAUCUGCAUGGCAUGCGGCCCGGUGGCCGGCAAUCCUUUUUACCAGGCGACAAGCGCCCGACGCGGCCAUGCCGCCUUGCGUAUGGAGGUGGCACACUGGCCGCGCGCGGCCUCCCCCACCUCGCCCGUAUAUGCCCUUCAAAAGGUCAGCCUCUGUCCGUCCGUCGGUCAAUCGUCCGCCGCAGGAGGGAGGGCCGGAGGGCCAGCCCCGGCCAGCAUAUGCGUAUGCAUGCAUGCACACACAUCGUCGCCAGAAGAAAACAAUACGAAGAAAACCACACAAACCCAUCACUCUCGCCGUCCUGUCCCUCUCUUGAUAUGACUGUCUCUCUCUCUCUCAUCUGCCCUCACAUACUUCUUUAUUGUCCUCUCUUGGAAGCCAACUCAAGUUACCCCAUCUCUCUCCCUCCUUUCGUUUCUCCUCACCGUAACCGUGUUCCGUGUGUAUUCUCUCGUCUCUCCUGGUGCUUGCUUGGUGCUAAGAAAAGAUAACUCCCUUUCCGCAGCCCCAUAUCUCACAUCCUGCUUCCCCUCCACCCGGCCUACCUCCUUUUUUGUCCCCCACAAAAGCAAGAACAAGCUUGCUGGAUUGCUUGCUACUAGCUAGCUACCCUCCAAGCAGAUCGAGCGAACCUGACCCUUCAAAAGAUCGUUGUACGUCCUUCUUCUGCCCUAGCCUUCUUCAAUCUCCUUGGUGCCUGCCAAGUUGCCAACACCUGCAUGCACCCAACAAGCUGUGUGCUUCCUGUGCGCCACCGCCACACGGGUCUUGGCUAGCUAGCCUUAUUAGCUUGCUUGGUGCCGCCGGCCAGUUGAUUGGAAAGGAGCAAGAGAAUUAUUGAGCAGUUGGCAUCAACCGCGUCCCUGCAGAAACUAUAGAGGCAGCAGCGACCGGCGAGCUAGAGCGAGGGAUCGGCAACGGCCGCCCUAGCUGCCAGCCGCGCUCGGUACGUACAGCCAUGUGCGACUUCUUCCUUCCGCGGAUGGAGGGCGACCAGGCCGGCGGUGGCGACCUUACCGACAUCGUCCGGUCCGGCGGGGCCGUCCCUAGCAGCGCCGCCGAGGCCACGGCGAGGGAUGAGUGGCAGCUCCACCAGGGGGAGCCGCCGAUGCUCUUCCCGCCGCUUCCCUCGUCGACGGCGACGGCAUCGGAAGCAGGCUGCGCCGCAGGGAGCACCGGCGCUAACGUCUUCGGCGCCGACGACCCUUUCUCCGGCCUCGUGGACCCGUUCUGUACCGACUACUACUCCUCAUGCGCCGACUUCUUGGACGCCACCAUGCCGGACGCGAUGCCCAAGGUCGGCUUCGACGCGGCUAUCUGUGGCGGCAGCGGCAGCGGCUGCGGAGGAGGCGGAGGCCAGGGCCAGCUGAUAGACGUGAGGCGGAAGCAGCCUCUCUUGCCGCGUGGGGUGCAGAUGCUGCCGGUUGGCGCGCUGGCGCCGAGGGAGAUACAACCGUACCCGGCGUUUGCCAGCGACAUGGUCAAGCUCGGAAUCACGGCCGGGCAGGUGGCCGGGUGCGCCAUCGACGCCGCCGUCGUCGGCAUGCAGAUGCCCUCGCCUCGCGCCGCGGGCGGGAUCAAGCGCAGGAAGAACCAGGCAAGGAAGGUGGUGUGCAUCCCGGCGCCGACAGCAGCAGGGGGGAGACCAACUGGAGAGGUGGUUCCUUCUGAUCUCUGGGCCUGGAGGAAGUACGGCCAGAAGCCUAUCAAGGGUUCUCCUUAUCCAAGAGGGUACUACAGAUGCAGCAGCUCAAAAGGAUGCUCAGCGCGGAAGCAAGUGGAGCGAAGUCGGAAUGACCCCAACAUGCUCGUCAUCACCUACACCUCCGAGCACAACCAUCCAUGGCCGACUCAGCGCAAUGCCCUGGCUGGGUCAACUCGGAACCACCACGGCAAGAACAGCAGCGGCAGCUCAGGUUCCAAGGGCUCACAGAACGAGAAGCAAGAGCAACAGCAACCAAGCAACGUCAAGGAAGAGCCCAAGGAUCCGGCGGCCACGACGACAGCCACUAGCACGAUUACUACGUUGACAACUAGUAUUUCUCCGGCAGCGGUUGUGAAAGAGGAGACGUUGGCAGCUGGAUCAUCAGAAGCAUUGGGGCAAGUCAUGGAUACAGCAGUAGCAGACCACAACAUUGAACUCAUGGACCAGGUGUUCAGUGAGAGCUACAGGCCGAUGAUACCGGAGGCCGGCCACCCUGACGACUUCUUCUCCGACCUCGCGGAGCUGGAGUCAGAUCCCAUGAGCUUAAUCUUCUCCAAAGAGUACAUGGAAGCGAAACCAAGUGGUGGUGAUCGUGGCCAUCACGAGAAAGCAAUAUCCAAGGACUUGGAUCCACUGUUUGACAUGCUAGAUUGGUCUGCUAAUUCUUCAUCAGCAGGGAGCUCAUUUGAGCAAGGAAAGAGAGGCUAAUCCAUUGGCAUAUGUGCAGACAUACAUUUGAUCAGAGCUAAUAAUAACUAGAAAUUAAGAUUACCACAAGGUCAGCAAGAAAAUUAAGAUGACAGAGUUUUCCCUUUCUUUCACUUUCUUUUCUCUUUGGUUCUUUUGCUUCUUAUUAUCAUUGUGUGAGAAAGAUUGUAAUUUUUUUGUUCAAGUUGCUCAUAGAUAUGAACCUUAUUUUUUUAAGGUUUGUGUCAGAUUUGGUGUACUUAUAUGCAUGAGAUGAAUAGCCCCUCCGUACUCCGAGGAUUCUUCUA